GUGAGCGGGCGGACGCUGCUCUGUUACGAGGAGGAGCAGUCCCCCGGUCUGUCAGCGGGCACUUCCAAUGGUACUGCCCCGGCAGUCAUCGAGGAGCGACCGCGCCUGAGUGUGGGGGACUGACGGGGAGCUGGACGACCACAACCAACAAUAAUAAAAUAAAAUAAAAGGUGUCCCUGAAGGCCGCAGCAGUUGCAGUGACAUGGGCAGAAAAAGUAAUUACACACCCUGCAGAGCUAACACAGGAGCCUCUCCUGAACUGCGGAGCAGAAAAUGACUCCUGGAAAUGGAAUCGGAGAGAUGGGAGAUGGUUGCCUCCACCCGGAGGCCUCUGGAGACCUCGAGGAGGCCGACAGUAUGGAGAAAGUUCAAGGGGCCAACGACUGUGACUCUGAGGAGCGGGGCCAGCGAAGUGAACGCAGAGACUCCGUGGCUGUGACAGGAGCAGUCAUAGCUCCAGAUGGCGGUUGGGGCUGGGUGGUGCUGGCUGCCACCAUCAUAGUCCUGGCUUUGACCCUGGCCUUCCCCUCCUGUGUGGGAAUCUUCUACAUUGACCUGCAGAAUGAGUUCCACGCCACCAACAGUGAGACCUCCUGGGUGCCCUCCAUCAUGACAUCAGUGCUUCAUGCAGGAGGUCCCUUUUGUAGCGUGUUGGUGGGGAGACUUGGUUGCCGAGCGACAGUCAUGUUGGGUGGUGUCCUGAGUGGGCUCGGAAUGGCUGCCAGCUCAUUUACCCAGUCCAUCUCACAGCUCUACGUCACAGCCGGGGUUAUUACAGGACUUGGUUUCUGUUUCAGCUUCCAGCCAGCGGUGACGAUCCUCGGUCACUACUUUGUGCGUCGUCGUGCGUUUGCCAACGCGAUGUCCUCCACUGGCACGGCGCUGGGACUGUGCGUUCUACCUUUCCUGGGUAACUACCUCCACACAGAGCUGGGCUGGAGGGGCAGCUUCCUUGUGUUGGGGGCCGUCCUGCUGAACUGCUGUGUGUGCGGAGCAGUGAUGAGGCCCCUGCUGCCCCCCUGGCAUCGAGGCCAGCCGCUGAUGAACCACGGACCCCCUCCGCCUGAGGAGGAAAAUGUGACAAAGGAAAAAGGGAGGAUGAGUAGGAUAUGGAACUUCGUUUUGACUUCUCUGAGAAAUCACAUGGCCUUUGAUCAGUUCUACCACAACUCACGUUACUGUGUGUACUCCAUCGGCAUCACCUGGAUGAUGCUCGGGUUUGUGGUGCCUUUGGUGUAUCUGGUUCCGUACGCCACAGCUAACGACAUGGAGCAGAGCCGCGCCGCGCUGCUGCUCUCCAUCCUGGGUAUGGUCAACAUCGUAGUGCGACCACCCUUCGGCAUAAUCUUCAGCAUGCCCUGGUUCAAAGGGCGACACAUUUACUUGUUUUCCUCUGCGUUGCUGGUCAACGGGCUCAGUAACAUUAUCUGCUGCAUCGGGCCCAGCUUCCCCGUGCUGCUUACUUAUGUAGUGAUCUACGGGCUGUCCAUGAGUGUGGUGGGCUCCCUGAUGUUCACCGUCCUCAUGGAUAUCGUGGAGAUGAGCUGCUUCCCCUCAGCUCUGGGCCUGCUCGCUAUCAUGGAGAGCAUCACGCUGCUCAUCGGGCCACCACUAGCAGGAGUGCUGAUCGACAGAACAGGCCAGUAUUUCCACGUCUUCUUUGCCUGCAGUGCCGUUGUUGCCUCCUCCGCUGUGUUCCUCUUUGUGUCAUUUUACUGGCUUGACAAAGAGGACAGGAAGUUGUCAAAGCAGGGUCAACCGUCCACUCCGCUCGAACCAGCCAGACCGGCUGUUGACUUAUCUCCUGGCUGUCAGUACAGCAGCGUGCCCACAGAGGGAGACAAAGACAAGGCGGUGUCUGACGAGUACAUCACCAGCCUCUGAACCUGCCCUCACCAUGUGUCAGCCUUUAACACAUGUCACACUGUAGCUCAGACAGCUUGGCAGAUUGUUUUCUAAUGUUUGCACCAGCUUGAUCAGUGCGCCAGAUGUUGCACUGUUUACUUUUCUGCCAUCUGGUGCACCAUUAAAGUCCAAACAAACACGAUGAAUAGUUAAUUUGCAGCGCUUGACCAAAGUUAGACACUUGAUUCUGCAUACCAAAAUGAACAGAUGUGCACCUAUAAUAACAAUGUGAUUGUACUAUUUAUUGCAAAAAUGCUGCUGAUCUAAUUAAUGUGAUCACACAAUCUUACUUUACAUGAGGUAUCUCACUUUAUCAAUCCAAGUUACGUUCAUAAUCCUUUGUUGAAGUGAUCACUUAAAAUGUUAGCUGGAGUGUUUACUGGUGUGUUAUUACAUGAUGAGCUUACAGACACAGAACGGGUCUGAUUAGCUGCUAUAAAACGAUACAGUACAACAAGCAAACUAAGUAUGUGUUUGUACGAGUAUGAAGUCGCUUAAUCAUCAAGUGUUAAAGGAUAAGUCUGGUGUUAUUACUCUAUAUUUUUCUUAUCUAUCUGGCCUCAAACAUGCCGUAUAUAAAAUGAUGAAAGUGUCAUUUGUAGUAUUUUGAUUAAUUAUUUAGGAAUUUGUGCCUUGAAAGCUCAAUAAAAACUUAUAUCGUAAAGGUCUUAAUACUCAACUCAGUGCCUCAACAUUAGGUAUCAAUCGCCCCCUUAAGGCCCUCAUAUAUUAUACUGGCACGAUGCCUGCUAGUGCAAGUUGAGCGCUUUGUUUCAAUUUCAAAGAUAAAGCAGCACAUGCCGCUUGUGCAAAACAGGUUACAAAUGCAUUAUUUGUUUUUUAUGGCCUCAGUAAUUUAGUAAAACGGCUGCACACCAAGUGUUACUCAAAAAAGAGGAAAUAGUGCAUUUUUUGGGCAUAUUUUUAUUAAUCUACAUUUGGGCCUCUAGUGAGUAUUUGUGGCAGCAGGACAGUGUGUGUGGGAUUAAUCAAAAUAAACUACAGUGUGUGUUCAUGGUAAUGAAAGAACAUGUCAGCCAGUGUAACAGUGAAGCACAUUGAUGUGUUUUUAACAGUUUAUGGACAACAAUGAAGCGCUAUGGCACAGAGGAAGAAGAUAUAUCAGGCUUUGAUACACAAACAGUACUUGUUAGUAGAUACAUUCACUGUUAGUUGUUUCAUGAUAAAAACUGUAGAAUAUCACCAGGAUGAUCCUUUAAUUAUCAGUAGCUAAAGACAUGUUACAGUAGGCCUUCGUCAGUCAGAACAGGAAAUGGAAAAUUAAAAUGAUUUGACAUCUUAAAUAUCUUUAAAGUAGGAAUAUGUAUUUUCUAUGUAUUGUGAAGGCAUUAAACACAGCAUGCUGAGCAUAACACCACAUCUGUUUGUCAUUCACCGUCACAUGUAGAAAAUAAAUAGAUGUACUGUAUAAGCAGGAAUUAAUCAUGUUUUUUUUAGUGUUUCACAUGUUUUUCAUUCCUUAAUGGAACAGUGCCUUUUUAUAGAGCCGGUGCAUUUACAACCAUAGGAUAAUAUGAAACCCUCUCAGGAGGUUGGAAGCAGAUGCUUUUAUGUUGUCAGUGGAAACUUCUCAUGAGAAAAAUUGUUUGUAAGACACUGUGGAGUUUUAUGACACUGUAACUGAGUUUACCUUCAGUCCCAAUCAGAGAUUGUAUGUGACGUUUCCUUUUGAUAAAGGAACAGUGAGACUGUUAUGUGUCAGAUGUGACUGAAAAUUAAAUACGAAUUUCAGGUAUGAGCUAUAUUGCAGUAAACAAAGGUUUAACCAGAGGCUUCUCUGCAAUGAGAGGAUGUAUUAGUACCUUUUCAAGGCCUGUCUUGCUCUGGUCUAGAUUAUAACUUCUACUAUAAAUUCUUUAAUUACACAUUAUGAUCAGGGGGGUGGAGAAUAAAUGUUUGAAUAUUAAA